CUUCAGUGCGGCAAGUUGCCUGAACUGUGCCGGAAAUUAUAACUCUGAGCUCAUUAUUAUAUCACGCUAUUCUACUUGAGCAUAGAAGAACGAGACCAUAGGACAAGAACGACAAAUUUCAAGGCCUUGUGACCACUGAUCCCAAGCGACGACGUUGACUGUCGAGCCCUGGCAGUGUCUAAUCAUCCAUCUAGUACUUGAGUCCCAUGAGUAAAACCGCCUCCGUAUCGUCUGCCAAUACGCAAAAGAUCACGCGCCCGAGCUCUUUCCUGCCCUCCCCUUCCAGGCAGAGACGUCUCGCAGUGAUCGAAGCCGCGACCAGAGCCUAUUCCACACCUCAACCUACGGCAAGCAGAAAUGCGGAGAAAUCUCCCUCAGAAACAACUGGCAAACCGGUUGUCUCACCGAAGACUCCGUCCACAGUGCCCGGUGCGCCAUCUGCGGCAGAGAUAUGGAAGUGGACAUUGUCCAAGGACGCCGUGUCCCCGUGCUUUGCCAAAGAUGUGAUGAACAUGCAGGACAGUGGUGCUAAAGAUGCAGAGUUUUUCUGGCUUGGCAGGGUACCGUGUCGUUCAGUGCACCUUGUCGGUCUGCUAGUCGGCGUUCAGGUAUACGAAUCGCGGGCGAUAUACUCACUGGACGACGGAACAGCCGUUAUCGACUGCGUCUACAAACACCCUCCUCUGCAAGCGCCAAUUGCGGCAGUCAGAAAGCCGAAGUUGAAGACGCAAACGGGUAAUCAUCCACAGCAUGGUCUAAGCUCGCCAUACAAGCGGCCAGCGGCCUCCACGUCGAAGGUCACAUUCAACGCCUUGCCCGCAGCACCACCUCUGCUUCCGAAACCAGUAGCAUAUGUCGGCGCAUCGGUAAGCGUCACUGGAAGGGUGGUCAACAGAGGAGAGGGAAGGCUCGUGCUCGUCGAUGAGAUAAAGCGCUGCUCCUCGCCAAAUGACGAACCCAACCACUGGCUCGCCGUCACUCACCUGCAUCAAACGUCCUACUUUGCUCCGGAUAUGGGUCUGUUCGUGAUCCCCAAAGCGACCGCACGGCCGCUAGUAAUGCCAGAAAGUAAGCCCGCGAGCUCAGCCAAUGGCAAGGAGAAGGCGUCCGACGAGUCAGCGGGGGAAGUGCAAGCCCAGAUGGUUGCAACGCCGGAUAUAGCGGCGUCUCAGACGCCAGCCUCUUCCCGUGCGCCCUCCGUAGAUGGCUCUCGUGAGUUUACUUCGUCCAAGGUGGUCGGUAGCGAGCCGCAAUCACCUCCCCGCCUGAGACACCCAACCCGUCUGCAUACACGGGACCUCACCGCGAAUACCUUCCGCAUAUACCUCAAGCACUACAUGGACCAUGCGCCUCCCCUGCACGCCCGCGCUCGCUCACGCUCUGUGUCCCCUUCUCCGCCAAGCAGCGACGGCCGUGCCGGCAUGAUCGGGUCGCCGAGCGGUUCAACGAAUCUCCUAUCUAAGAUGCAAACGAAGUCGUCAGCCUCUGCUCGGGCACGCGAAGAGUAUGUGAGGACAUGGGCAUCUGUGGAGAAGACAUCGCGCCCGGCUCAUGCUCGUAGACAACCUACCGCGGAGACCGAGCGCACCCCUCGGGCAUCAAAGAAGCGUCCGUCAAUUCACUCUGUCAUAGAUGAAGAUACGGAUUACGAUGAUGAGGACGUGUCGAGAACCGUCCGUGGCUUCACGCUCUCGUACCUCCGGCGAGUACCCGAGCUCGCGCUCCUAGCGCGGCGCGUCGUGGACGCCGAGGCCCGCCGACGGGCACGCGAGGAGCGCAAGCACGCCACCCAUACUCAAACCUAUACUCAGGACAAGCACAUUCGCAAACUGCAAGGCUCCUCUGCGGAGAGCAAAGCGCUGAAGGUGAAGCGCCUCUUUCGCUUUGCCAUCCGACAACUGUACGACGAGGGAAGCAUCGUGCUCUGGGACGGGCCCACCCGGCCGCUCUCCUCCGCCUCGAUCUCCACGCAAGGCUUCGACCACCUUUGGAAGGUCAACUCAAGCAGCAGCAGGACGGCCGGCUCCGUCAUACACGACACUCUAGUCUUCGAUGACGACGAAGAGGAGCUGAGCGAUCCCCCACCUGACGAGGAGGCCUACCUCCCGCUCACAUCCACGUACCUCUCGGGCGUCGUCGCACAUGCGAUCACCGAGAUCAUGGCCCGCACCGCUGCGAAGGCGUCCAUGUCGAAGCGGCCGCGGCGCACAGACGACCUGAGCACGCCACUGCAACCGCCCAUGCCGCCACCGGGCCCGACGCCUGCGGAGAUCCUCGCGUUCCUGCGCCGUGAUACGCGCUGGGCGCGCGUGGGCGAAUGGGCGGUGAAGGAUGCGCUGGAGUGGGGGAGGAAGGAGGGGAGUAUGUGGUGUGUAGGGCAUGGGAGGUGGGAGCUGUGUGGAUGAGAGACGGGGUGAUGGCUAGGUUCAUUGGACGCCCGGAGUGCAGGACCGAGGUGAUAGGUGGUCUAGCGGCGAUGGAUGCGUCUGUACCUUUGCUCCAUGAGUUUCAUAU